UCGGAAUGUGGAUGGCGGUUAACCAACGUUAAGCGGUGACCGGAUCACAGCUCCCAUCGAGUGCAGCUUCUGCAGUUGCUUUUGCCUCUCUCUCUCUCUCUUCCCUGGAUCCAAAGAGGGGUCUCCUCGCUUCGCUUAGACAGGAUUUUUCCAAUCCAAAAACGAGACCUUUCGGCACUGGUCCUCAAAAUCCGAAGCCGGGCAGGGUUUGAUUUCCAGGAAACCGCCUCUGUCGUGGAUCUCACGGCUCGUUUCCACUUCUCACCUGCUUUGAUUCGUUCUGAGGUUGGUUGGUUCGUGGUCUACUUGCCUCGUUGACCCCGAUUCUUCUGUUGAAAAUCGCGUAUCAGGUGGGAAACAUUGAUUUUUAGGGAGUUUCUCUUGUUGGGAAUGCCGUUUCCGCUCUCUUCUUACCGUUAGAAGAAGAAAGGUUCGAUUUUGAUUCAUGGAUUUGUGAUUUCCACGCUCUGAUCUUUGGUUCUUCUUGUAGAUUUCGGCGGGGGAGGGCCUCAAGCUUUGUUUCUAAGGUGCUCUCCUCGCUGUUAGGCGGAAAAAAUAUUUGAUUUUGAUCCAUAUAUGGGCUUGUGAUUUCCUCGCGGGGAGUGCUUGUUUUUUUUAUUUUAUUUUAUAGAUUCUUCUUCUAACACCUGGAGAGGGCUCCCAUGUUUGUUUUAAAGGUAAUUUUUGGCUGAUAAAUAAGGAUAAAAUAAAAUAGCAUGGCUUUUUACAAGCGAACCCGGAUGAAAGAUGCCGGGUUCCGGCGAGUGCUUCCCCUGGUUCUGGUAGUUCUUUCAGCGGUUAUAGUUCUUAUAUUUUUGCUCAGAAACAGAACAAUUUAUGAUGCUACGUUUUCUUCUAAUUAUGAGGUGCGAGAUAUUCCUGCGUUAGACGGUGGUGUUGAUCCAGUGGUAAUGGAUGGUAAUUUUAAACCGAAGUUGCCAAAAAAGAAUGAAUUAUCCAUUUCUUUGGAGCAAAGGAAUCGGCAACCACCUCGGAAUACAGAUCUCUUUCCAAAUUUGGCAAAGGAUCACAUAAAGAUUGUUCUGUAUGUGCACAACCGGCCGCAGUAUCUUCAAGUCGUAGUUGAGAGUCUGUCUAAUGUGGAAGGUAUUGGAGAGACAUUGCUGAUAGUCAGCCAUGAUGGGUACUUUGCGGAGAUGGAUAAGAUUGUUCAGAGUAUCAGAUUCUGCCAGGUGAAGCAGAUCUUUGCGCCGUAUUCUCCGCACCUGUUCCCUGAUAGCUUUCCUGGUGUUUCACCGGGAGAUUGUCAUGACAAAGAUGACCCAGUGGAGAAGAAGUGUAAGGGUCAUGCAGAUCAGUAUGGCAAUCACCGCUCUCCAAAGAUUGUGUCGCUGAAGCAUCACUGGUGGUGGAUGAUGAAUACCGUGUGGGAUGGUUUGGAGGAAACAAAAGGAUUAUCUGGUCAUAUUUUGUUUAUUGAAGAGGAUCAUUUUAUAUAUCCAAAUGCUUAUCGAAAUAUUCAACUACUCGCAGUGCUGAAGCCACAGAAAUGUGCGGAAUGUUAUGCUGCAAAUUUAGCACCAUCAGAUGUAAACUCAAAGGGUGAGGGGUGGCAGAGUUUGAUUGCUGAGAAAAUGGGCAAUAUUGGUUAUACAUUUAACAAGACAGUUUGGAGGAAGAUCCACGCAAAGGCCAAGGAGUUUUGCUCUUUUGAUGAUUAUAACUGGGACAUAACAAUGUGGGCAACUGUUUACCCCUCGUUUGGAACUCCGGUUUACACUCUAAGGGGGCCAAGGAGAAGCGCUGCACAUUUUGGAAAGUGUGGGUUGCAUCAGGGGCAAGGGAAAAGCAAUCCAUGCAUUGACAGUGGCAAGGUGGGUUUUGAUAUAGAAGCAAUUGAUAGAAUUCCCAACAUUAAACCAAAUUGGACAGUGCACGUAUUUGAGAAGCAAAGUGGCUAUCAGGCAGGCUUCAAGGGUUGGGGUGGCUGGGGUGAUGAGCGGGACCGGGAUCUUUGUUUGAGUUUUGCAUACAUGUUCCACAACAUGGAAGCAUCUUCUGUUUGAAGGGGAUGUGCUUAUGCAUUUAUAACAUUUUUCAGCUUGUCUGGUCAUUCUCUUGUCUGUAUGAUGUAUCUGACAGAUACAUGAUUGAUAAGAUAUACCAUUUCUUAGUAUUUAGCAUUCCGCUUGUAUUUAUUAAGGAGGAGGUUUUAUCUUAGUUUCUAUUUGUUGUACUAGUGGAAUAUCGUUUUGUUCUUGCUAACUGGAGGUUUUCAGUCAAAGGCAGAGUAUAUCUCAUUGAUUAAUUUAGAUGUGGUUGAAUCCUCUUUAGCAUACUAUUUAUUUGAGUACUUUGUAAGAUAACCAAGAAGACUAAAGAAGCGGCCAAUUGGACAAACCUGAUGUGCAUGGCCUCUGUGAUUUAUAUGCAUUGGAGAUCAAUUUGCAUCAUCAUAUUGCCCACAUAUGGACCUGUUAUGUUUUUUAUUUUUAUCCUUUGAGCUUAAGAUGGUGAAGCAUGAGUUGCCUUGUAACCAAAUCAUGAUGUUUGUUCGGAAUGUUAAUAGAUGAAAGACAAUAAGAGUUUUUGGUGAGUCAU